CUUACUGAGGAGUUGGUAACACUGGCGCCACAUUUCACAAAACAAAAACUGGCACAACUGAGAUUCAAGCGGGGCUUUAUAUUGGAAUGUACCCGUACGUUUAAAUGUUGUUUCAUUACUGCAGCAGCAUGUUUUUUCCCCACGGAAACUUACUAACCUUAACUAGGCGACGAAGCGAACAUUAACGUUAGAAGAGUCGAGCCAAUCGAUUAUGUGUGGAGUCUGGAAUUGAAAAACAACUCCGAAACGAGAGCCUUUAGUUACAGUGGUCGCUUCAUUUACUCGAAAAGCAAGAUCGAUGUCAAAUACGUAGCAGCGUUACUGAAGUUGCCUCAUGUCGGUCUGUAGCUAUAGCUCAAUUACUGAGUAUGUAGAAGCCGAUAGCUUCAGAGAGCUGUCUAACUUGGUUCUCUCUAUCUGCUGCAGCGCGCUAUCUGGUUCGCUAACCUGGCUAGCUACCACUGUGCCUUUUGCGUUUUGUAAUGUUGGCUAGCUAACUAGCUGGCUAAAUACUGUGCCUCGUUCUAGACUUCUUUUCACUUAACUCGCAGGAUAGAAAUUAUAUGCCGAAUUCAAUACUGUAUUGAACGGAAUUACUCAGGACGACUUUCCAGGUUUCUCUAAACAAAAUGAGCAGCGCCAAUCAGAGAACUUUGUUUCAAACGUGGGGCGCAAGUGUUUGUGCAAGUGGGGCAAGUGAAAUGACACACUCUUUUAAAAAAGCGCCACAACGACAAAAAGCCGGCACAAACGAAAAUCAGGACAAAAGUCGGAAGAGGGAAAAGGAGAAUGCCUAUCCCAGUUGCUCUCUCUGGGCUGAGGUUGGUCGGGCUGUCGCUGAGAAACAAUCAAAAGACCAGUCUCCGGAAGAGGUGAGGGAGCUGGACGAUGACCUGAUGCUCAUAGCUGCGGAUGAGGCCGAAAAGGCUCUGGAGAACAGCGUUGAGUCAGUGGCUGACGCCUUAAAAAGAGACAUUCUGGCAGACCUUCCAGGCUACGACAGGUCCUCAGGAAAAGUGUGGAUCUAUCCGACCAAUUUCCCAGUCAGGGACUACCAGCUGAAAAGUUCAGAAGCUGCCUUGUUCCAAAACACGCUAGUGUGCCUGCCCACCGGCCUUGGGAAGACCUUUAUAGCCGCUGUGGUGAUGUAUAAUUUCUACCGUUGGUAUCCUUCAGGAAGGAUAGUGUUUAUGGCCCCCACUAAACCCCUUGUGGCUCAGCAAAUUGAAGCAUGUUACAAAGUGAUGGGGAUACCACAGCAGCAUAUGGCAGAGUUGACAGGGAGCAUUCCAGCGCUUCAGAGGAGGGAGCUGUGGAGAUCAAGACGUGUUUUUUUCCUUACCCCACAGGUGAUGAUGAAUGACUUGUCACGAAACACAUGCCCUGGAUCUCAAGUUAAGUGUGUGGUUAUUGAUGAAGCUCACAAGGCACUAGGAAAUCAUGCAUAUUGUCAGGUGGUCCGGGAAUUAUGGAACCAGACAAAGCAGUUUCGUGUUCUGGCCCUCAGCGCUACACCUGGUGGAGACAUUAAGGCUGUGCAGCAGAUCAUCUCCAAUCUGCUGAUCUCUCAUAUAGAGCUGUGGUCAGAAGAGAGCCCGGACAUUCAGGCCUACUCUCACCAACGCAGUUUGGAAAAGAUUGUUGUCCCUUUAGGAGAGUCACUCACUGAGUACCAGACUCGCUACUUACAGGUUCUAGAGAAGUUCACAUCUCAUCUGACCCAGAUGAGGUUGCUUAAUCAUCAUGACCUUCACACUCUCACCAAGUACCAGCUCAUUCUGGCACGGGAGCAGUUCAGACGCAACCCACCACCUCACAUCAUGGGUGCACAGCAUGGUGUGCUAGAGGGAGAUUUUGCUAUGUGCAUUAGCCUCUACCAUGGCUAUGAACUUCUGCAGCAGAUGGGCCUUAGAUCUCUCUUUCUAUUCACACAAAACAUCAUAUUGGGCUUCAAAGAGUCCUCUCGAGCCAGAAAUGAACUGCAGCGCAGCCCUGUCUUCAUGGCACUUUACAAAGAAAUGGAAGCCAUGUUUCUGACACUGACCAAAGGCCCUAAUGAGCAAUAUUUUUACAGUCACCCAAAACUUCAGAAAUUGGAUGAUGUUGUACUACAGCACUUCAAAACAUGGUCUGAGAACUCAGGCAGUUGUCCAGACUCUGGGAACAUCUCAGGAGGAAUUAACACAAGAGUGAUUAUUUUCUCUUCGUUCCGUGAGAGUGUUCAGGAGAUCGCAGAGAUGCUUAACCGCCACCAGCCUCUUAUCAGAGUUAUGACCUUUAUGGGCCAAGCGUCGGCAGGGAAGGGGAUCAGAGGGUUCACUCAGAAGGAACAACUUGAGGUGGUCCAUCGGUUCCGAAAUGGUGGCUUUAAUGUACUGGUGUCAACCUGUGUGGGUGAGGAGGGUCUUGACAUUGGUGAAGUAGACCUCAUUGUCUGCUUUGAUGCACAGAAGAGUCCUAUCCGUCUCAUCCAGCGCAUGGGCCGUACUGGGCGUCAUAGGCAGGGACGUAUAGUGAUGAUACUGGCCGAGGGGCGAGAAGAGAGAACCUAUAACCAAAGCCAAAGUAACCGGCGUAAAGUGAAUAAAUGCAUCAUAGGAAACAAGCACAGCUUCCAAAUGUUUCCCAACAGCCCCAGGAUGGUACCAGUUGGUUUCACCCCCACCUUGCACAAAAUGCACAUUACCUGUGGCAAUUUUGAAUCUAAACACACUAACCAUGGCUCCAUCAAGGGUAGGCAAUCACUCCCCAGGGACACAUUAUCACUGCUCAACUCUCCUGCCCAAGAAAGUGGUGAACAGAAGUGUGUGAAAGAGGACAGUUUUCUCAACCUUGCUGAACAAGCUUUGUGGACCUCCACUAUGAAGUUGCAAGAGAAUGAACCCCAGCCCAUCCUCAGGCAGUCGUCUUUCCUGUCCCUCCAUGCAGACUCCCAACAUCAUGAAGUAUGUGUACAGAGCCUAGUGAGAGAUUUGUCUCUUUGGGAAUGGAGACAUUGGCAGAAUCGGCCACUUCCCACACACAGAGUGGAGCACUCCAGCCGUUGCCUCCAUUUCACUAACAUCAUGGACCUCAUUGACAGGAUGAAACUCAGGGAAGAGGCCGGCGACAAACAUGACAUAGAGUUCAUAGCACAUCUACAAAAGGCAGACAAUGACGACAGAGGAGUACAAAAAAAAACAAGAGAAAAAGCUCCUCAGCAAAGAUCUAAACCCAACAUUGUUGGUCAAGACUUUAGGGCUAAUAUUUCAACAGCUAAGAUGGAAACAAAAGAAGUAACAGAUGAAGAGAAGAGUAAAACGGCCACUACAUUGUCUGCUUUAUUGGCUUCAAUAAAACACAAAGUCUCUUCUGGCAAUGGCUUUGACAUCAUUCAAGGCAAAGAAGGUCUCAAUGCUUUCCAGUGCUCCUACGACAGCUCUGUGGCUGAAAUGAAUGUUGCAAAUGGUAUAUGUAAUCAUUCAAAGGUUAAACUGCCAGCACAAGGAGAGCAGCUAAAGAAUUGCUCUGGAGAUUCACAGGAUAAAAGUAUUGAAACAAACCCUGAUCCGCCCUGUAAUGUGCAUUCAGAAUGCACAACUCUUGAAGACAUGUUCUAUCUACCAAAGUGGAAUGUCUACCCAGCACUGCACCAUCUGAAACAAUAUUCAGCAGCCUUAAGAAUAAUUCUAUCCAGUGUCAAACAUUUCCUCUCUAGACCUCCACCAGGGAUCUUUGGCCUAACUUGUUCAUUGAACAAUCAACCUGCUGGCCUUGGUGAACCAAAGGGGAUUUGCUAUGGUCCACCAGAAGGGAGUGAUCAAUUCCAGGACUUCAGUAUUGAAGGAGAUCAGAAUCAUGUGCAUAGUGACUUCUUGAAGUCUAACAUGGCAGCUGACCUACCUGAAUCACGUGAUGCUCCAGAAAUUAAUCUAAAACUGGCACUGUUGCCUGGUAACAGGCUUUCUUCCUUUUCCAACAGCCCUAGCUGGGAGGUGCUUUUUGAUGAUGGUCUGGAUGGCAAAGAGGCAGAUAAGGAGACUGAUCUGCUUUUAGAAUCUAAAAAGCUUACUGAAUCUAAAGAGUUUACUGACUUAGAUGUGAGUGUCAGCCUGUUUGGGGAUGAUGAGGCUUUCCUACAAGUGCCAUUACCUGAAAUUGAUACGCCAAAAAAAACAUUAAUAAUCUCUAACAGACAGGAUGUUCCACAGUGUGGACAGACCACACCUGGUAUACAGCAUAGUUUUAAUGCAUCUGACUCUUCUGAUAGUUUAGUGUUGUCCCAACCUAUAGAGAAACUGCAGCAGAAUUCUGAGGCUUUUGAUUUGUCUCAGGACAUUUUUUCAGUGAACUUUGACCUUGGAUUUUAUUUGGACUCGGACGAGGAAGAAACCACAGAACAAGGUCUUGGCAUGGCCGCAAGACCAAUGGCUGACAGAGAAUUUCCCUCAUUGCCCCUGAUCCAAACCAAUGAACCUACCAACUUUAAUCUUGGAAUUGCUUCAACUCCCAAGGUGUGCUCAAAGGCAGGUUCAUCCCUUAUGGCCAAAACUAACCUGUCGCCCAUAGUAACUGAGAGGAAGAAUUUGGUGAAGUCAAGUGCUUCCACCCCAACUCCUGCAUUUGCCUCAUCAAAUUGCACAAGUCUAAAAAUUUUCCCCAAAGAAUGGAGUUCUCAAGCACAGCCCUGUGGAACCAACAAUACAUCAUUCCGACAGUCUCUGCUUCAGACCAAGAAGACUCUUAAUCAAGAUCCUGCUUGUUCAGGAACACCAAGCAGCGAUAGUGAGGACGAAGUGGUUAUAAGGAAACGAAGGUUUCAAGGAAAGGUCAAUCCUCUGGCCUCUCCAGAGACAGAGGAGAGUGAAGCAGAGUCAGAUUACGACUUUAAGCAGACCUCCGUUGCUCAGCACAAGGUAUCCAGGCCUUGUAAACGCUCACAUGCUAUGAGGAAAUCUAUGAAGGCAAUUCACAGAGAGGGGAGGCAGUUCCUGGAUGAAGAGGCAGAGCUCUCUGAAGAAGGAGGCUCUGCCUCAUCGGAUGAGUACGAUGGCGAAGAACUGGACCAGUCUUUACAAGGCUUUGUAGUAGACACCACCCAAUUCUCCCAAAGCCUUAAUGAUUCUGAGAUGCAUGGAUUUUAUCUGAAGUCUGUAAAGAGCCCUGCGAUUGGAAACAAAUUUAGAAUGGUGUAUAAGUCUAGAUGCAGCAUGGACAUCUUCUCACAGGCCCCUGAGCAAGAUGAGACAUACGCAGAGGACAGCUUUGUGGUCAGUAACAGUGAACUUGAAGAGGUUGGUAGUGCUGCUGCUGAUGAGGAAGAAGAGGAGGCUGCAGCAGAGAUCAUGCCUGAAGACUCCUACAUAGAUGGGAGGAGACUGUAUGCCACGCGGCACAGAAUUCGACUCGGACAGACUAGGACUACAGGAGAGAUGGCACGGCUCCAGACUAAGGUACCCUGGAAAACCAAACGCUCCAGGAUUGUCCAAAUGGAGGAUUCCAGUGACGGUGAGGAAGAGGAAGAAGAAAAAAAGAGGAAGAGGCUACAUGCAGAAGUGACAUGUAUUUCCGAGAGACCAGAUGAGAGAGUUUUUAAAGCUAUGCAGCUGCAUUCUUUGCCUGGUUUUGAACAUUCUCAAAAUGUAGAGAAGUUCACAAAGCAGAUUAUGAAGCAGCAAGAGGAGAUGACUAGACAAAAGUUCAGGAACCAGACACUGCUGUCUCAAAAGCUGGAUUUUAAGGAGUCUCUCAACACUUCUUUAGUUACAACUCAGGCAACUGGGGCUUCUUUCUCUGCUGGCGGUGGUCCUGUAGAUUUUGGUGUCUCAAUCAUCCGAGCCCCUGCUUCUCCUUGUGUAAGCAUACUAGUCGACAGCCAUUGUAUCAGCAGUGGUGCAGAGAUUGUGUCCUCCCUCCGCCUUAAGCAUGGGGCAGCAGUGCAGGUCUGCUCUUUAGUCAACUGUGAUUUCAUUGUGAGCAACCGCAUGGCAGUGGAGUGGCAGAGUGAGUCUGACAUGGCCAACCCUCAAAAUCGAAAAAGGCUACAGGACAGGAUACAGAGCCUUCAGGCUUUGUUUGACCGGGUGUGCUUCAUUGUGGAGAAAGACCGCACUAAACCUGGAGAGCCACUGCAAUCCUUCCAGCGCAGCCGUUACUAUGACAGCACUGUAGCUGCACUGGUGAGAGCAGGAAUACGACUGUUGGUCAGCCAGGGUCCAGAGGACACUGCUGCACUCUUGGCAGAAUUGGCCCAUGUGGAACUGAGAAAAGGGCAGGCCAUCUGUGUGCCCUUGGAGGUCAAAGGUCCUCAACUCCAGGCAUUACAGUUUUACCUCACAUUGCCCUGUGUCACCUACAUUAGUGCCCUGUGCAUGUGUCAUCGCUUCAAUUCUGUCAAUCAUCUGGUCAGCAGUUCAUUGGAUGCACUGCAGGCAGGUGUGUUCAUAAGCCGCUCUAGAGCUGAGGAGAUUUACCGCUGUCUGCACUACUCAUGUGACACCACACUAAUCUAACUAAGACAUCACUUCAAAGAGCAGCCUCUGAGCAUCUGAUGGUUCAAGAAGCUACAUGAUGUAAACUACAUAUUAGUUUCUCAUUGCCCUAUUUUUUAAAACUAUUGUGGGCACAGGAAAUGUUUGUCCUACAGUGAGCUGCUUUAAUAUCUUAGUUUUAGGAGGUACUGUGUAAAUGUGAGCUUACUAAGAACAGCUUGUUAGAUCGGUAAUUAAACAAUUGUGGUUUACGAGAAUAUGUGCAGGUAGCUGAGCAAUAAAAACAGAUUUUCUAA